CUGCGAUGCGAUCAACGGUGCAACCAGAUACAUAUAAACACCGUGUCACACGAUUGCUCUUCCAUCACCAAGUGAUAUGCACCAGGGGCUGUGGUAACAAGCGAAAUAUAUUUUAAUCUGCGUGUCUUGUAAUGUCCUGGCCUUCCUUUCUCUCUGUCCCAUGGAAGCUUCUUCUAAACUGACGGAAGAAAAUUGUCAUCCAUCCAAGUCCAGCCUUCUUUCAUAUGACCCACUCCCAGGUCACCCGAUAAUAUCUGAUGCGAAGGCCACUGAUACUGGAGUCGAUUUUUACCACCGUGGUUUAACGAGUCGCAGAUAUGCUCUCGUCGGAGUCGCAUGUUCAAGUAUCUUCAGCUGCUUAUGCAUCGUUGCAGGUAUCGUCACUUUAGCCAAUCACGGAGUCUCCGGCGUAACCGUGCUCAACCGGUUCAACUCUGUCGAUCCUAAGGAACAUGAUACUCAAGUGCUGCUGCAGGAGGAGAUGUUGACCCUGAUACUGUACUCCAUCGUCACGCUAUGUACCGAGUCCGUAGGCUUCGUACACGGCAUCUCAUUGCGUUCUGCGCUAGCCUCAGAGUCUCGGCUUCGUUUCAACACCAAUCUGCGCCUUCUGACCGCAGCUCGUGGAUGGUAUAACCCAAAUGGUGCCCUGCUUAACGGCAUCUCGGCUGUCCUCCUCAUUAUAUCCUACACCUCAGCCACACUCAUCGUAUGCCCGGACUCUCACAACAUGCUACCCACUCAGGCACUAUUUGGUGACGGUGUUUCCAUCGCAGGGUUACCUCUCCUCUUUUUGGGCGUCGCACUCCUCCUCCAGGUGAUGAUCGCACUGUCAGGGAUGCGGGCUGUCAAGAUCUUAACGUGGAGCUCCUCACCUUUCGACUUGACCGCAGCACUAGUCCACCACACGCAAUUGACCCCUGCUACUUUCCGGUGCAUGCGUCGUGUGUCUGACCUAGACGUGGAUGAAGGUCCAGCAAAGCCACCAGAGACACAACCCUCUGCGUGGCAUGCUCACCCUAGCAUCCGGAAAGUUGUCAUUUCUCUUUGGGUCAUCGUUGCGGCAUGCGCUGGAUGGGCUACACUCGUCAUCUAUAUCUGGAACCACUUCGGCGAAUCUUAUUCUCCCCCACUGACCCUACAAACUUGGUCGUUCUUUCGGAAUGGGCAGUCCAAUAACAUCACAUAUUAUGUGCCAAGUGUCAAUCUCGAGGCAUGGAUUCUGCUCUUUGUCGUCACCGCAGGUAUCCAGGGACCGUUGACGCUUGGACUGCAUUGCUCAGAGCUCAUCAUGAAUGUCAUUCGAGAUGAAACACAGUGGAGAUGUGCUACCUCAAGGAAAGGACUCAGAGUGGCGACGAACCCGCUGAAGCCGCUUUUCACUCAUCCGAUCUGUCUCAUACUUUUCCUCGCGAAGCCUUUUCUGCACUGGAUGUUUGGGCUUUCAUUCAUCAUAACUCGCGUCGCCGAUAGCAAGAACGUGAUGGUUUUGUGGGUAUCAAUGUUCACUGCCCAGAUCUGGAACUUAUGCAUUGCGCUCUUUAUAUUUGCCUGUUUCUUCUUCACUUUCGUCGCACUGCGCCGACCGUCCGGUCCCCAGCCUGCUGCAUAUGGCCACGUGCAGACGCUUGCCAACCUCGUGGACGAGUGGUCGCCUGUGAUGUGGUGGGGACACAAGGAGGAUGGAAUUCCGUACUGUCAUGCUGGGACAAGCGAUCACCCGCUACCGGAUGUGAAGAUGGACCGCUUCUAUGCUGGUUCCAGUGCCAGGUCUCUCAUCUAAUAUAUUCUCGGGUCUCCCCUUUAAUAUGUUCAAAUUUGAGAACAGUUCUUUUCUUUAGGCAACUGGACCCACUGGACGAGGGAGUUACCCUGGGCCUCUUAAUCGAAAUCUCCUGUACGUGUGGAAAGAUGAUACAUAU